AUGACGUGGAACAUGAAAAGACACGUGACGCGUGUCUUGGCCCCUAGCUCACAUGGUGCCUCAGACCCUAGCAAGCAUGAUGUCUCAAACCUUGGCUCAAAUGGUGCCUCGAAGCUUGGCUCGCAUGGUGCUUCGACCCACGAUGUCUCAGCUCCUGGCUCGUAUGGUGCCUCGACCCCUGGCACGCAUGGUGGCUCAGCUCCGAGCUCGCAUGGUGCCUUAGCCCCAAGCUCACAUGGUGCCUCAGCCCCCGACACAUAUGGUGUCUCAACCCCGGGCUCGCAUGGUCUCUCAAUCCCUGGCUUGCAUAGUGCCUCGGUCCCUGGCAGGCAUGGUUCCUCAACCCCUGACUCGCAUGGUGUCUUGGCCUCUGGCACGCAUAGUGUCUCAGCCCCCGGCACGCACAGUGUCUCGACCCCCGAUUAG